GCAAUGCCAGACCCAUCAGCGAUAGCAGCGCCAUUCUUCCCCUUUGUGGGUCGCGUGGCUGUGCUGACACCCAAGGAUAGCCUGAAAGAGGCCAUUUCGAACAUAAGCGUCACUGACAUCGUCGGCAACGUGUCAGCUUCCGACCUUUUUGGCAGCAGCGACGGCUCGAACGAGACCACGACACAGGGGCCAAAGGCGACGGAGGACCCCGAGUUGAAGGUUCUGCUUGAAAACGCACUCCAGGUCUCCGAGGCCAUGCAGCAAGCAAAGGCCAAGGGCACUGCAGAAGUGGAGGUCGAUGAAGCCAGAAUCUUGCAGCUGGAGGAUGCUGCGAAGAUGGACGAGGCUGUUCGACACGACCUGGCGGAUGUCAAGAGGAAGGUCGAGGCACUCCAAUGCCGUUUCUUACGCGGACAAGAGCAAUGGAAUGUCAAACCUCUGCCUUACAACACGCUUGAGAUGUCGACUCUGUAA